AUGGACCCCCCAGAACCCCAGCAACAACCCAAACCAGGGAAAUUCCGCUUCAAGUCAUCAAAACCCAAGUCCAGCAGUUCGCGACGAGACGAGCCCAGCUCCACCCACCACCACCACCACCGGCACAGACAUUCCUCCUCUCACCGCCACAGAUCCAGACGCCAUCAUCGGCGACGCUCGGCUUCCCCGACUCCGGACGAACAGCCAGGCCUCAACGCUGACGCGGCGUUCCGGGAAUCUCUGUUCGAUGCGCUGGGUGACGACGAGGGCGCCGCGUACUGGGAGUCUGUGUAUGGACAGCCGAUUCAUAAUUAUGCCGUGCCAGAUGUGCCGAAGGGGCCGAAUGGGGAGCUCGAGCAGAUGGAUGAGGAGGAGUAUGCGAGCUAUGUGCGGACGAAGAUGUGGGAGCGGACUAGGGAGGGGAUGCUUGCUGAGCAGGAGCGGUUGAGGGCGGAGAAGGCAAGGCAGAGGAGACGGGAGGAGAGGAGGGAGGAGGAUCUGCGGGAGAAGAUGCGGUUUGAGAGGGCGAUGGAGGAGAGCUUGCGGCGGGGGAAGGAGAGGAGGAGG